CAUGUUGUAACUUGACUAUGGUAUUAGCAUUUGAUAUAUUUGCCACCCGUUUUUCAUUUUCGACAUCGAAAAUUUCCUUCCAUGAAUUUUUGAUUCUGAUCGCGAAGCAGAGAAUCAUUAUUUAGUUUCUUGUUGCUGUUCGGUUGAACAGGACAUCAACUUUUUUGAUACCGAGGUGGUGCAGAGGAAAAAUGGCUUUAAAUCAGUGGCGGAAGUUCGCGUUUUUCGACAAGAAGCUUCUGAAGAACGAAGCGGGCGAUACUUUGGAUGCCCUGAAGUCAUACAAGAUAUGGUCGACGACAUUCGGGCGCGGAAAGAUGAUAUUUGGGGAUUCGGAGGGGUGGAUCGUAGUGAUGGACUACAAACAGAAUGUCACUUCUUUUCGCGGCUAUCUUCUCCAAGUGUCCCAUCUUUUCAUGACCAAACAACAGAACAUUUUAGUCUCUGUUGGGGAGGACAGUGCGGAACAGGGGCCAAUGUUGAAAGUAUGGAAUUUUGACAAAAUGGAUGGCGGGGAUAAUCCGUCAUGUUCGCGGAUGAUCCGGUUGAAUUUCAGAAACACUCAGGAACUGGUGUCCUGCUUUGUGGUUCACGAAAACCUGAAUUAUCUUGCCAUUGGAUACAGCAGCGGUGUUGUGAUUCUGUUAAAAGGUGAUAUUACGAAGGAAAGGAACACAAGCAAACAUGUCGUACUGCACGAGGGUAAAAGCACCAUCACCGGUUUAAGCUUUCGACCUACCACAACAGCAAAGGGUGGCAUCGUGCUAUUUAUUUCCUCCAUGGAUGAAAUAUGGUCGUAUAUGAUAGGAGGUCGAGAUAAAGAAAUUGGGUCGGUGUUGGAUCACCAUGGAUGCGGAUUGAUGUGCUCAACGAUGACUGAUUCUUCGACAGACUAUCAGUUUGUCAUUGGCCGAGCAGAUGCGCUUUAUUUUUACUUGCCGGAUAGUCGUGGACAGUGCCUUGCAUUUGGAGGUACGAAGUUGUUGCUGGAAUGGUGCCACGGAUAUCUUGUUGUGGUUAGCCGAAAAGAAGAGAGCGAAACGCGGAGCACAUUAAGCGGCAGUGAUUCCGGAGCUGGUGAAAUGCAGAUUAUUACCAUCUACGAUGUCAAAAAUAAGCUUAUAGCAUAUUAUGGUCCGAUACAAGAAGUUAGAGCCAUUUUGUGCGAAUGGGGCUCAAUUUUUAUCCUCUGCACAGAUAACAAGAUAUACCAAAUUAAAGAAAAAGAGUUGCUCCAAAAACUGGACAUGCUUUUCAAAAAGAAUUUGUACUCUUUGGCUAUAACGCUUGCCAAGGCGCAGCAAUAUGAUCAGGACGCCUUGAUCGAUAUGUUCCGGCAGUACGGUGACCAUCUGUACAGCAAAGGGGACUUUGAUGAAGCUAUGGCUCAGUAUAUCAAAACAAUUGGACGAUUAGAACCUUCUUAUGUUAUCCGUCAGUUCCUGGAUGCUCAGCGAAUCUAUAAUUUGACAGCUUACUUGAGUGCGUUGCAUGACAGUAAUUUGGCUUCCCAGGACCAUACAACGCUGUUAUUAAACUGCUAUACAAAACUAAAAGACGAGGAGCAGCUGGAUAAAUUUAUUAUGUCAAAGAAUUCAAAUCAUGCUGUCAACUUCGAUGUGGAAACAGCUAUCCGGGUAUUGCGACAGUCUGGAUAUUUUCGACAUGCUUUACACCUCGCGAAAACUCACCAAAAGCACGAUUGGUACUUGAAGAUUCAGCUGGAAAACAACAAAGAUUUUGUUGAAGCUUUGGAUUAUAUUUCGAAAUUAGAGUUCGAAUCAUGCGAAGCCAAUUUGAAAUGCUACGGACGCCUUCUGAUAUCGCAUGCAAGCGAGCAGUGCACGGAAUUGUUGAAAAAGCUGUGCACAGAUUAUGCGCCAAAAAGUGACAAGGUAGAAGCAAUAAGUAGCAGCUCGGUGCAUAUGGCGGCCAAUCCUGAAGACUUCUUCCAUAUUUUUGUCAAUCAUUCUGGAUUGAUGUGCGAAUUUUUGGAAUAUGUAGCCAAUUGUCGAAGCGAUCUUUCCCCUGAAUUCUAUAAUACGCUACUGGAGUUAUAUCUUGAGAACUGGAAGAAUACCGGUCAACAAGCCAUCAAAGACAGUUUAGAGCAGAAGAUUAUGCGCUUGCUCCAGCAAGAGAAUUGUUGUGAUCCUAUGCAGGCGUUGCUUUUGUGCCAGUUGAACGAUUUCGCUCCAGGAAUUCUGUACAUGUUCGAGCAAAAACACAUGUACACCGAGAUCUUGCAGUUUUUCAUGGAUCGGCAUAGUUUUGAGCAAGUGGUUCAGACUUGUCGGCGCUUUGGGGACAAGGAAAGCCAUUUGUGGGUGCAAGCGUUCUGGUUCUUUUCCGAAAGUUUUGGGGAGUACGAUAAGUCAUGGAUUGCGGAAGUAUUAAAAGUCAUCGAGACAAAAAAUUUGCUACCUUCACUUAUGGUAAUUGAUAUACUAUCCAGAAAUCCCAACACAACGCUGGAUAUCAUUAGAGAUUAUGUUAUUAGCCGAAUGAAAUCAGACGAGAAAAAAAUCCAAGACGACGAAGCGCAAAUUCAAAAGUUUCGCGAAAAAACGGAACAAAUUCGAAAAGAAGUAGAUCAGAUAAAGAAUGGAGCGCAAAUUUUUCAAGAUGCCAACUGUAGUGCUUGUGACAAGUCUUUGGAGUUGCCAUCCGUUCAUUUUAUGUGUCGGCAUUCUUACCAUCAGCACUGCUUUGAUAGCUAUUCCGACACUGACGAAGAGUGUCCAAUUUGCCGUCCGGAAAAUAGAAAAUUACUGGAUGAAAUCAACGCUCAGGAGCAGAACCGAGAUUUAUCACAGCAGUUUUUCUCCCGCGUUAAUAAGGAAAUAGAUAGUUUUUCGGUGGUGGCUGAAUAUUUCGGCAAACGAUUGUUUGGACGACAGACACCAAUUGAUGAUCUUUUGCAUCCUGGAGAUAGACUUUAAGAAAUUGUUACCUACGGUCCGGUGCCUGUGAUUUUUCUGCGAUACGUCUUCCCUUCUGAAUUUUUGUGAGUGUGAGUGAAAGUGUUUUUGCUGGUUUUUUUAAAUUUUGACGCAGCUUUUGUUUGUUACUUUAUGUGUCGUUAUUAAAUUUUGGCUUUGUA